AACAAAACAAAAAUCAACCCAAUCGACAUCAUCCAUUAAAAAUUAUUAUCAUUCGGUUUGAAUCAUCUCUUGGAUAUGAAAAAGGAUUUACUUAAAACUUAAUUCCCCAUCAAUUAUUUAUUAUAUAUCGAAUUAGAAGCAAAUCGGGAUAAGACACGCGCCACCCGCCGCAGCAUACAAAACAAUAUCCUUAGUUAAUCUUGUCUAACCUACGACUACUACAGUUAAAUACUACCUGAAACACGAGCUGACCAGAGCAGAGCAACAAGCAGCAACAACAACAGGCAGGACAAUGGGGAAGAAGAACUCAAAAUUGAAGCAGGACACCAUUGAUCGUCUUACAACGGACACAUACUUCACUGAAAAGGAGAUUCGUCAGUGGCACAAAGGUUUUCUCAAAGACUGUCCAAAUGGUUUGCUGACUGAACAAGGCUUCAUCAAAAUUUAUAAACAAUUUUUUCCGGACGGUGAUCCCAGCAAAUUUGCAUCGUUGGUAUUUCGUGUAUUUGACGAGAAUAAUGAUGGCGCCAUUGAGUUUGAAGAAUUCAUCAGGGCCUUGUCCAUAACAUCGCGUGGCAAUUUAGAUGAAAAAUUGCACUGGGCCUUCCGUCUCUAUGAUGUGGAUAAUGAUGGCUAUAUAACACGCGAGGAGAUGUACAACAUAGUUGACGCUAUUUAUCAGAUGGUGGGUCAACAGCCGCAAACAGAGGACGAGAAUACGCCACAGAAGCGUGUGGAUAAGAUCUUUGAUCAAAUGGAUAAGAAUCACGAUGAUCGUCUAACGCUAGAAGAGUUUCGUGAGGGUAGUAAAGCUGAUCCACGUAUAGUCCAGGCGUUAAGUUUAGGUGGUGAUUAACCGCAAGCCAUGUAGUUGCGUUGAAAUUCCCGUUUGUCCCAUGUCAGAGAUAUGUGUGUUGUGAAAGUGAAAGAGAGACACGAAUACGCUGAAGCUGAGUGCAAGAGGGAGAGACAGAGAAUGACAGAGACAACGAAUUCACGCGCAAUGAACCCUUAACCCAUGAUCUAUCUAUAUACAUAUGUAGAGAUUUAUAUAUGAACAUAAAAGUGGUUUAAUCUAUUGAAAA